GCAGAGCAGAAGGGAGAGGACAGCGGGGUCUCACACACUCCCCCAACACCUGCACCUGGUCACUAGAUUCAGGCAGGAUCCGAGAAUUCACAUCACCGUGGCCAUCCGUGCGUAAAGUUAGUGCGUAAAUGUUGCCUGGGAGAAAUACCGUCGACUGAUUAUAGGCAGCUUUUCUCUUUCUCUUCCCCCUUUCUCUCUCUCUCUCCCCCCCCCUCUCUCUUUCUCUUUGCAAACCUAUCGGAUUGUUUUAUGCCUGCGCAGCGCCGUCGAGGGACAUUUUCCAAUCCGGCUCCGAGGCACGAAACGCGGGGAAUGCAGCUCUAACAUCUCGCAAGUUUUCCCUUUCUUCCCGUUUUUGGAUCUACGUGUAUCGAGAAGAGUCAGAAAAACAAAAACAAGAUUUAGAUCUCUGUGGGCUACCUGCAUGACUGUUACCAUGACAGCCUGUGGAGCCGCCCUCCUCCUGUUGGCCCUCAGUGUUUGCAGAGGCCUGCAGCAGUCGGCCCCGCGGAUACGCCUCUCCUUCAAAGAGCUGAUGGACACCAGGGCGGCGCGGCCCUUCAGUUUCUCCUUCAACACCAGCGACUACCGCAUCCUGCUGAUGGACCAGGACCAGGGCCGGCUGUACCUGGGCAGCCGGGAGUACCUGGUGGCUCUGGACAUGCACAACGUCAACAAGGAGCCGCUCAUCAUCCACUGGCCAGCGUCUGCGAAGAGAAAGGGAGAAUGUCAGAUGACGGGAAAGGGAAGACAGGGUGAAUGUGCCAACUUUGUGCGUAUGAUCGAGCCGUGGAACCGCACCCACCUGUACACCUGCGGCACGGGGGCGUACCAGCCCAUCUGCACCUUCAUCAACAGAGGCUGGAAGGCGGAGGACUACCUGUUCAGGCUGGUGCCCGGGUACGUGGAUUCAGGGAAGGGGAAAUGCUCCUAUGAUCCGAAACAGGAGAACAUCGCAGUUCUGAUCAACGGUAACCUGUACGCUGGUGUCCACAUCGACUUCAUGAGCACGGACGCUGCUCUGUUCAGGACGAUGGGCGGCCGGACGGCCAUCCGGACGGAGCAGUACGACUCCAGGUGGCUGAACGAGCCCGUGUUUGUUCAGAUCCAGAAGAUCCCUGACAGCGCAGAAAAAAACGACGACAAGCUUUACUUCUUCUUCCGUGAGAAGAGUCUAGACUCCAGCGGGGGGGCGAGCCCCAGCGUCUUGGCCCGGGUGGGGAGAGUGUGUCUGAACGAUGAGGGGGGGCAGAAGUCUCUGGUGAACCGCUGGACCACCUUCUUGAAGGCUCGCCUCAUCUGCUCCGUGAUCGGAGAUGACGGAGUGGAGACCAGAUUCGACGAACUACGCGACGUGUUUAUUCAGCCCUCACAGGACGAGAGGAACCCCACGGUGUACGCUCUCUUCACCACAGCGGGCUCUGUGUUUAAGGGCUCGGCGGUCUGCGUUUACUCGAUGGCCGACAUCCGCAACGUCUUCAACGGACCGUUCGCCCACAAACACGGACACAACUACCAGUGGACGGAGUACACCGGGAAGAUCCCCUACCCACGGCCUGGAUCUUGUCCAGGAGGAACCUUCACUCCCGGGAUCAGCUCCUCCAAGAACUUUUCCGACGAGACAGUGAACUUCAUCCGAGCGCACCCCCUGAUGAUCAACCCGGUGUACCCGAUGCACCGCCGCCCCCUGGUGGUGAGGACCGGCGUGGACUACCGCUUCACGGCGCUGGUGGUGGACCAGGUGGACGCUGUGGACGCCCGCUACGAGGUGCUGUUCCUGGGGACAGAUCGAGGCACCGUCCAAAAAGUGAUCGUGUUGCCGAAGGACCCGACCAGCAUGGAGGAGCUGACGCUGGAGGAAGUGGAGGUUUUCCGGUCCAGAGCUCCAGUGAAAACCAUGAAGAUAUCGUCUAAGAGACAACAGCUGUACGUGUCGUCGGACGCGGGGCUGACCCAGGUGUCUCUGCACCGCUGUGGGGUUUACGGCCGGGCGUGCUCCGACUGCUGCCUCGCCCGAGACCCUUACUGCGCCUGGGACGGGGAGAGCUGCUCCGCCUUCACCCCCUCCACCAAGAGGAGGAGCAGAAGACAGGACGUUAAACAUGGAGACCCUCUGAGGCAGUGCAGGGGCUUCAAUGCCAAAGUGGAGAAGCGUCUGAGGGAGACGGUGCAGUUCGGGGUGGAGGGCAGCAGCACCUUCCUGGAGUGCCAGCCUCGCUCUCCUCAGGCCUCGGUCAAGUGGCUGUUCCAGAGGGAGGGGAGGAGGAAAGUGCUCAACCGUGUGGGAGGAGUCCUGAAGACGAACCACGGCAUCCUCCUGAAGUUUCUGAACCAAUCAGACGCGGGGCUGUACCACUGCCUGGCCACGGAGAACAACUUCAAACACACGGUGGCCCGCGUGGCGCUGCGCAUCCUGGACCGGGACAUCGUGCUGGCGCUCACCGCUCAGGACGAGGACGAGCAGCCCAAAACUCGCCAGGCGGGGGCGGGGGGGGCGUCUCAGUCGUCCCUCGCCUCCACGCCGUUCCCUCCAGAGAUCAGACUGAUAAACCAGUACUGCCAGUCGUACUGGGAGCAGCUGAGCCCCCGGCAGCAGCAGCGCAAACGCACCAGCCGCCGGCACACAGAGGGCCAGGACCAGGGCCUGGGCUAGAGCACGGACCCCCCCCCCCUAACACCCAAUACUGUGGACUUUAUGGUGGACUUUUUCAUUUUUUUACAUGCACGUUUGUGUGUCACUUCCAUGCAUUAGGCGGGUGAUGCCUUCAUGCUGUCGUUAAAGUGCUAUAUUUGUGGUUUUGCAGAAGUUUCAGCCUCGAAAAUUCAUGUUGUGUAUGUUUUAUGUUACCUGAGAUCACUUCAGAAACAGAAACAGUAUCGGGUUUAACACCAAGUAGGUUUCCACAUACGAGGAAUUUGACUUGGUGUCGUGGUGCAUACAUAAACACAGUAAGAGGUAUACAUUGCGGAAAACAAGCAAAAAUAGUCCUAUUAUUAAAACUUUUAUAAAACAAAUUAAAACAAAUCCAAAAUAAGAUAUACAUGGAUUUGUUUAUUUCUGUCAGGGAUCAGCUUGUGUUAAGUUUGAUAUCAAAUAAUCCUUAUACAUAUUUAAGAUUCCUCACAUAUCAUAGGGAUUGUUAUUGUCUCAAUGGUGUGUUCAGGUUCUUUGGGAAACGCCAGUAUCCUUGAAUGUGGAAGAACAACAUUUUAAGUGUAAGAAACUUUACAAAAGUUAUUUUCACAACAACAAUAUCUGCUUAUCUGCUUCUUCUAGGUUUUAUUCUCUAACCAAAUGACCUUUGUGAGCAGAGAUUGUCAUGAGCUGAUUCUCAAAUGUCGCAUUGUCCUUGAAUGCACCAACAAACAAAUCAUUCCUAAACAAAUUGUGAUGGAUCAGAACUUAGGUUUGUUUCAUGUAAAGUAUAUGCAGCAUGUAAACAGGCUUCAUCCUGCAAAACCACAGGUAUGGUACUGUCAAUUAUCCAGAAACAGAAAUGUAAUAUAUUGAUUGUGAAUAUAAUAUAUAUGGUCAUUGGAUUACUCUUGUAUUGUAUGAAGAUAAUAUGAUGAUAUAAAUGCAUAUGUUGCAUGCAUAUCUGUUUGUUGCAAGUUGUACAUUUUACUCAGUGUGUGAUGAUGUUUGUAAGGUGUCAUGUGUUACGUUAAGCUAAUUCCAUUGGAUGUUGUCAUAUAAUGACUCCUUCUGUCCUGUGCUUUAGUAAAACCUCCAGUAUGUGAGUGUUGAAGAUAUGCAUAGCAUACAGUGUUCUUCCAGUUAUGCACUUUGUCGGUGGUGGUGUUCGAGGGAAUUUGGGGAUCUUUGCACAGAUGUAUGAGAAAAUAAACGUUUGUAUUUUAUGUACAGUAUGUUAUUAUACAACUGGGAUUGGAACUGGCUCAGAUUUAGUAUUGAUUGUUGGUGUUUUGUCAUAUUCUGUAUUUUUAAAAAGGCUCUUUUUAGUCAGAGCCGUUCACCGUCAUUGUGAGUGACACCGUGCUGUGUGCCGUCAUGGAUCACUCUGGAAAUGUUCCAACAAAUAUAUAAAACAUUUCAGAAUCAUC